AUGGGUAACUACUUCACCUCAGUCUUUCCGUCUGGAAGGUACAAAGAGCAGCUGUCUAAGAGCGAAGAUACAAAUGCUCUUCCAAAGCCUGAGACAGGCUCAAAGACGCCAGUCAUGUCAAAGGCUGAUGCUGAUGCCUUCGAUCCGCGCUCGCCAUCUCACAAUGUCAGCAGAACACCCUUGAAAACAGAAGAGAAGAAUAGUGACAUUCUCUGUGACCCACGAUCGCCGUUGCAAGAAGUCAAUCGAACACCAAUUGCUGCGAACGAAAAGGGAAGCAAAGCAAGUGAAAGAGACCAGCUCCGUCGAAAGGCGCUUGGCAACUCGAAGAUGCCCAUGCCAAGUCUUGACGACUGCGAGCACACUGAAACCUUGGAGAACAGCUUUACAAGCACGCAAACUGCCGAAAUCCACUAA